AAACAGUUGGACGUAUCCAACAUCUCAGCCUCCUGUUUGUUUUGAUGCUUGUGUCUCUUUCUAUCACUUUCUGCAUCAAAUCCUUCUCAUCCACUCCUUCUUCCUCUUCUCCCUCUUAUGCCCUCAUGCUUCAUCCAUCUGUGGUGGAAUGUUUCCUGCAAUACAAGAGGAGAAGCUUUUGUGAGCGCUUGCUGCAGUAUUAACGGACAGUAUACUGAGACAGCAGGGCGCUGAGCGGACAGACUGGGGGGAAAUCUGAUCCACAGCCGGCUGGAGAAGGAGCAGGAUCACGCGUCACAGUUGCAGAUUUAUCCGCCCUGUGAUACCACUGCGCGACAACACCCCUCAUUCUUUCUUUCUUUCUUUUUUUUAUCUCUUUCUUAACCCUCUCCCUCUUUCUCAUCUUUUGCCUGAAGUGUUGCUUUUUUUUUUUUUUUUUUUGACUCGAUCCUGGAAAAUGCAUUGGAAUCUACUGGUAUAUUUUAGCCUCACUGGAAUUAAGAGCGCAUAUAUCAACGGGAAAGCGAAGGACUCAAAGUGGCACGAGAGAAAUAUCUCAAGAGCUGAUUGAAAAGCAAAAGGGGCGACAAAAGAUAGUGGAUAAUCAAUCCUUGGAGAGUGUUCGACAGACGCAUUAAACCACAGAUCUUUCGCGCUCGCUCUCAGUUACGAAAGAUUUUGGGGAGAAGCUGAGGGACGCUGACUCGGCUAAAGCUGUUGGAAGGGGGCUGCAUCGUGCAACAUUUGCUUGUUUCUUUUUUUGGGGGGGAAAAAUUUCAGGUCCUGCACAGGGUGGGGGAAGCAACAAGACCCACCCUUCAAGUUUCACUCCCCCCCUCCCCCUAGUCAGACUAUCCCACUGUCCCAUCGUGGAUUUGUACAAGGAAGGGGGACAAAUAUGCAUGCUGAGUAAAAGUAGCUGUGGAUUGUCUUUUUUUUUUUUUGCUGCAAUGCCAUCUGAACACUGAUGCGACCGAUUCUUCACAUGCACAAAUGUAAAGCUGUUCCUUCCCACCCAUCUCUCCCUCCCGUCUCUCUCUUUGUCCUUCUUUCUCGCUGUUAGUAGAGGCUUCUUCCUCUCCUCUGGUUUUCCCUUUCGACUUGAAGUUUACUGUUGCUCCAGUUGGACAUCGGGAGCUGUGCAGGACUAAACACGGACUAAUCGGUUGAUUAUCCGUCUACGCUAGCUCUCCCAUUUCUCACUGGGUGUCUUUGAGUGUGUGUGUGCUUGCAAGCGUGUUUGUGAUUGGGUGUCUGCAUGUACAUUCUGCACCCCUCCCCACCUCUUUAUCCUCGGAUUAUAUAUUUGUGUACAUAUUAACAAGCUUCUGUGGGCUCCUUUUUUUUGUUUUUUUUAUUCCAUUUCUUCACCGUUUCCCCCCCUUGUCUUUUCUCAAUGUCCGGCAUUGUCUGGAACGUUUCUGCCAUGUGCUACCGAUGCCAAUCACAGGGUUAACCCCCAAUGAGCCAUAAAGGACGGCAGGGAAGGAUGAGCGAGUGUUCUGGGGCAGCUGUAUCCGGGGCAGUGAUCCUGGAGGAACCCGAGGCUGCAGGUGCUUCUGGGGGCCGUGGCGAGGGACAGGCUCAGGAUCAGGGCCCCCUUCGCUGUGCGUUUUGGCCUCGCCAGCAGACAUGGCUGUGUGUGGUCCCCUUGCUUAUCGGUUUCAUCGGCCUUGGAUUGAGCCUGAUGCUGCUCAAGUGGAUUGUCGUUGGGACAGUACGGGAUUACGUGCCAACGGACCUGGUGGAUGCUAAUCGAAUAGGCCAGGAUCCUAUAUUCCUUUCUAAGCCAAGUGGGAUUCCCAAAAGCCCUGAUACUACUACUACUACUACCACAACUAUUACUACAGUUGAUGGAGGAAACCCCACAGCUAGAGCUGUAACCGUGGCAAAAGGUAGAACUCGUUUCAGCGCUACCACCACGGCUGUAAACGCCAGAGGGGGAGGAGGAGCCUUCGGUAACCAAGUAACCCCUCGAAAUCCCGGGAAUCGUAACGGACGUGGACCCGCUGGUUUUACUACAACCACCGUGGCGCCCAGGACCAUCUUCACAAUUGGAGCGGGAACUUCUACACCUUCGCCGUCUAAUCCAACGGUACUCCAUGACUCUACACAGAUGUGGACCCCGGAACAAACUACAACUGAGACAGUCUCCACCACGCUUACCACGCGCACUCACAGCCACCGCAAAACACCGUCUCCUACUGUCCCUCCGCUACAUUCGGAGCAUUUCAAGCCCUGUCAUGAGAAGGACCUGGCCUACUGCCUCAACGGGGGCGAAUGCUUUGUCAUCGAGACGCUUAGCGGACCUCAUAAGCACUGCAAGUGUCGAGAAGGCUACCAGGGAAUCCGAUGUGACCAGUUUCUACCGAAGACAGACUCCAUCCUUUCUGACCCAAUUGAUCACUUGGGCAUCGAGUUUAUGGAGAGCAAAGAGGUUUACAAGAGACAGGUGCUGUCAAUCACGUCCAUCGCCAUGGCAAUCAGCCUCCUGGGAACUCUCUGCAUGGCCCUCUACUGCCGCAACAAGAGGCGCAGAGAGAAGCUCCAGGCCCACCUGAAGGAAAACCGCAGUCUGAAAAACUACACUGCAAAUGCCCUGGAUGCCAAGAUGAGGGCUCCUAACAGCAACCUGCAAAUGCAUGAGUAUUGCAAACGGUCCUCCCAGUCUCGCCAGGGCAGCGUCUCCGAGUCCAGCUUCGCACAGUGCAACAUCAGCACCACGGUGUCCAACAGCUCCAGAGGCUCCUCCAAACAUCACGGAGGUGGUUCCAUGUCUCACAGCCCAAGCCAGAGAACUCGGGCAGCCCAUUGGUCAGCUCAGCGCAGGACCCCACCCAUAUCCAGAGGACGACUAAAUCCAAUCGGAGGGUCCAAGUAUUCAGGCCCAGCCUACCAACACCUACAGGAAGUGGACUCGUCUGAGAAGGAGGCUGAAGCACAGAAAGGUUGCCACAUGGAGGGAAAGAACCAGUACGAUGACCCCAGACGAGAUGCCUUCCUUCAUAUGCAAACUCCUGUUUCCACGGAGACCACACAUCCGUUUUCUUGGAGCGGCCACGUGGAGGUGCGUUCAGGCCCGUGCGUUCUUUCCGAGCGCAAAGAUCCCAACCCCACCACUCGAAGCUUGCGAAGGCCCAGCCGCCACCACAGCCACUCCCCGCCACCUCCGUUUCGCUCCUGCUCGAUCCCGAUCAUCCCUUCUGUCCAGUGUCACCACGACAACGAGGUGUCUUGUAUGCAAACUAGCGUCACCCCAGCAACCACAACGAUGUCAGUCACCUGCGAGGCCACACCCCGCAAAGAAGAGAGGAGGGAGAAGGCAGUGCACGCCGCGUCGUCCUGCUCGUCCGCCAUCGGCCAGCAGCGGGAUGAGGUGGCGCUGCUGUUGGAGGAGGCACAGGAACAGCUCAGGGCGUUGGCGUUGGCUCACAGGAAGCAGGAGGAGGGCGGGGUCAACGGCAACAGCAGCAGCAGCACCUCCGCCACUGCGCUUGUGGAGGCCAGAGAAACUGUUUGCUUCCUGAACCUUAACGGAGGAGGAGCUGGAGCACUGAGCUGUAACGGGCCCACGCAGACCCAGUUGCUCAGCCCCAGCCAAUCACACAGAGACGUAGGCCAGAGCAGCCAAUGAAAAGACACCAUUUAGGACAUUCACUUUUGGUUUGACAGUGUUUGAUAGACUCCAGUGUUCUGCAUCUGUGGGACAUAAAUGGAAAUGCAGAACUGAAAAGAAAAAAAAAAAAAAAAAAAAAAAAAUGUAAUAUCGUGGAAAUUCUGAAAAUGUGCUGAUGAUAUGCAUACUGUAUGGAUCCAAACAUACAAACACUUCUCAAGUGGCCGCCUUUACACCGACUGACAGUACAGAAAAAGAAAAAAAAGAUAUUUACAUGCAUUUAUUUACAAAACAAGAGAAACACUUCUACUUAGACAAAAAGAAACCAAAUAGUCUGUCAAAUCCAUGGUGUUUUUAAUUGUAAAAAGAAUAUAUAAAUAUAUAUAUAAAUAUAUAUGGAUAUAAAUAUAUGGAAUUCAAAAAGUGACCAAGUACAAAGUUGAAGAACACAGGAAUGAUGUAACUAUUUUUCUUUGUUUUCUUCUCCCUGUUUUGUAUUAACUCUGUCAUACUUUGGUUCUAACUGAAGAACUCCUUCAGGGUUUUUAUUGACGUCCAACCACACGUUCACGAUCUGUGAGUCUGAUUCUGUGAGCGCACACGGAAUCCAAAAAAGGAGCAUCCGCACAGAUUCCCCCUCCUCUUGCCUUCUGAAAAACCUGUCUACCCAAGCCAAGAAUUACAGUACGGCCCUCUGCGGUAACCAACAACACUUUGAGGAUUUACAACACAAAACUCCCCUGCUCUGUGUGUUAUUGUGUGCUGCAAAGAAAGAGAGGGGGG